AUUUCUGGACUUUCUGCUACAGCAAAGUGUAUAUUGAAUCGGGGCCCAUAUGGAGUUUUAUCAAUAGCCAAUUUGAAUGUCCUGAUCAGAAAUGCGUCCAUCUAAUAGAUCCCUUCAUGGAAUGGCCUUUGUUCAAUGAUUUGCACCCUGCUCUGCAAAUUUGAGUCUUUGCAGCUUCAUAUAACUUUAUCUGCUUUUUGAACGUUAAAUGACAUUGAAGAUGUUUGCAUUUUAUACUGGUACCCCUUUGGCCAACGACGUUUACUUCCGGACUGCGUUUCUAGGACUCUAAGAUGCUGAAAUCAAAAACCAAAAAUGGAGAGGCUUAAUAAGACUAGACCUGUAACAGGAAGCAGAGUAUCUGGAGAGUCCCGCGGAAGUUCCAGGCGCCGACGGCUCUUCUGGAAACUACGGCAACGUUGGAAGCUUCUCGGGCUCUUUGAGAUCGACAGGGAGCAUGAGUUCUACCCAUUGACUUGUGACCUAAAGGAAGGGUUAAAGGAUGCCAUACAAGAUGUCAUCUGCAGCGAUGCUACGCAAACCGCACUUACAGAUGACGAUUACAGUGCGAAGCUCACGCAAGGCCAUGAGGGCUAUGUGAUGCGGACGUACGCUGGACCGGUGUUCUCCCACUUUCGACAAUCUCUAGGCCUGUCGGAGGAAAGUUACAGUCGUUCUCUGUCCGCCUGUGGUUUGUUCCUGCAGUUCAUUAGCAACUCUAAAAGCAAAGCCGACUUCUUCCUAACAAAUGACAAGCGGUUCUUCCUGAAGACACAAAGUAAGAGAGAGGUUCACUUCCUACUGCAAAUCCUCCGAAAAUACAUUCAGCAUUUUCAGGCGUACCCCCACUCCCUGCUGGUAAAGAUCGUAGGCGUUCACAGUAUCUCCAGGGCUCAAGAUAAAAAGAAAUAUUUCAUCAUUAUGCAGAGUGUCUUCUUCCCAGAUGAGCGGAUCACAGGACGAUAUGAUAUUAAAGGCUGUCACGUUAGCCGCUGGACUGAACCAGAGCCUGAAGGAAGCAGGGUCCUUCAAGUCUUUAAAGACCUGAAUUUUGAAGGAAAUGUUAUCUGCCUUGAUCAACAACGGCAGUGGUUCCUGCGGCAGAUGGAAUUGGACACACGGUUCUUGCAGGACCUCAAUGUGUUGGAUUACAGCCUCCUGGUUGGCUUCCAGCUGCUGCACCCGGAUGAGAAGAAUCAAAACUGGUCUCUGGCGAACCUCAUUGUUCGCACCAAAAGGUCUGUUAAUGGGGCAGGAAGCCCUACGACUUCACAUUCUGCGUCCGUUCCAGGUACUGUAGAAGAAGAGAACUCCACGGACAAAGAAGAUGACGGGACUGAAUUUAGUGGCACCCCAGAAAUGACAUCAGGGGGUCGUAUUCCUCUUAAGAAGAUUGGGCCCCAGGUCAGCACUGUGUCUGAUAUUUCUAAUGUUAUAGCACAGAAUCGCAGAUUGCUACCCAAUUACAGAAACCCAUUGCAUGUGAUGGAUGGGCCAGAAUUGAGGUACUUCAUCGGUAUCAUAGACAUCUUCACAGUUUAUGGACUGAGAAAAAGGCUGGAACAUGUGUGGAAGAGCAUGCGCUAUCGUGGGCAGGAAUUCUCCACUGUUAGCCCCUCCAAGUACUCACGCAGGCUUUACAGUUGGGCAGAAACACAUACAGUAUGACACUUUCCUCUUGCAUCAAACUACGAUCUGAGUGUCAUCCAUCCGUUGAAAUACCAAUUAUUUAUUGUUUAAAUUAUUUAAUUUUUUUUUUUUUUUGCAACCCUAAUAUUUUUUUUGCAAUGGCUGCUAAAUGGUGCACUGUUUACAAAUAAUGUAGAAUUGAAAAUGUUUUUGUUUUGUUUUUUAAUUUA